CAGUCCGCUCGCUCACCCACUGUGGUGGGAGCUUCUAGGGGGUCUCAGAACCUUGUCUUUCUGACCGGCGAAGCCCUCGGAACAUUUGGCAGAAAUGUCUAAUGCAAAGGAAAGAAAACAUGCUAAGAAAAUGAGAAACCAGCCCAGUAACGUGACUCUGUCCUCCGGCUUUGUGGCUGAGAGAGAUGGAAAGCAUCAUUUUGGAAAGGGGAAGCCGUCCCAAUCUCAGAAACAAGAGCUUCAUUCUGGAACCUCAAGGCAGUGGCAAAUCAAGAUGAGUCCCCACUUGCUUCCUGAGUCUGAUGUGAAUGAGCAAUCUUCCUCCAAAACCAUGUUUAAGAGAAAGGGAGGCUGGAAAGCAGGUCCUGAAGGCACUUCUCAGGAGAUCCCCAAAUAUAUAACUGCUUCUACUUUUGCUCAAGCACGAGCCGCUGAAAUCAGUGCCAUGUUAAAAGCCGUGACCCAGAAGUCAUCUAACUCGCUGGUUUUCCAGACUCUUCCAAGGCACAUGCGACGUAGAGCCAUGAGCCACAAUGUCAAACGCCUUCCUAGACGGUUGCAGGAGAUGGCCAAAAAAGAGGCGGAGAAAGCUGCUCAUCAGAAAAAAGAACAUUCAAAAAAUAAAUGCCACAAAGCCCGAAGAUGUCACAUAAACCGGACUCUGGAAUUUAACCGCAGACAACAGAAGAACAUAUGGUUAGAGACUCACAUCUGGCAUGCCAAACGGUUUCAUAUGGUGAAGAAGUGGGGUUACUGCCUUGGGGAGAGGCCCACGGCCAAAAGCCACCGAGCCUGCUAUCGAGCCAUGACAGACCUCUGCCUCCUGCAGGAUUUAUCAUAUUACUGCUGUUUGGAGUUGAAGGGCAAAGAGGAAGAACUACUGAAAGCGCUCUCUCAAGUGUGUAGCAUAGACACAGGCCUGACUUUUGCUGCAGUUCACUGCUUGUCUGGGAAGCGGCAAGGGAGCCUCAUGCUUUACCGGGCAAAUAAGUAUCCCAGGGAAAUGCUUGGGCCGGUUACCUUCAUCUGGAAGUCUAGGAUGACCCCAGAGGAUGCUUCUGAGGAUAGGCAGCUGUGGAUCUGGCUUCACCCAACUCUUAAACUGGCUGUCCUAGAAGAAAUAAAAACAACAUGCCGCUGUUCAGAACCCGUCAAGUCAAAUAUCUGCAUGCCUGACCCACUCCUGACACCAGCCCCGGAAGACAUUCAAGCAGGACUAGCUGAUGACAAAAUCAGCAAGAAAAGAAAAAGGAGAGAUGAUGGGGAGAGUGUUAGCCGAGCUAAGAAGACCAUUGGUGACGGGACAGGAGAUGCCUGCCAGCCUCGGUCAUGGCGCUCUCCCACUACAGGGAUUGUAGUCAGUGACUUGACAAUGGAGAUGAACAGGUUCCGGCUGAUAGGCCCUCUUUCGCACUGUAUCCUGACCUCAGCACUGAGGGCUGCUCCUGUACACACAGGGGAAGAGGAUGCAGAGGAGACACCACAUCACUGGUGGACUGACACUUGCAGGAGCUCUGAUGGUCUUUCUCUUCACCAAAGACAAGAAGCAGUGUUUCAGUUGUUGGGAGGGAUAUCGUCACCAGCAGAAAUUCCAGCAGGUACUAUUCUGGGAUUGACAGUUAGGGAUCCGAGAGUAAAUUUGCCCCCACAGCGAUCCAGAGCUUUGCCUGAUCCAGAAAGAUACCAAGUUUCAGAAUUUACCUGUGAGGAAGGGAUGUGCACCGGCAGCUGGUCUUGUGCUCAUUGGAAGCCUCUGUCUGACCAUACAGAUGAUCCAGGUUCGAAUCCUGGCAAGGCCAUCCCAGCUAAUGAGCAAGUGAAGCAGCUGCUUCUGGAGGGUGUGCCUGUGGCAUGUGCACACAGCUUCAUCUGGGACCAGGAUAUCUGUAGGAGUGUCACCGAGAAUAAACUCUUGGAUCAGGAUUUAAACCGGAUGAGAAGUGAGUUGCUGGUGCCCGGAUCGCAACUUGAUUUAGGGGCUCGUGAAUCUAAGAUACCCAUACUUCUGAUUCAGCAGCCAGGAAAAGUGACUGGCGAAGACCGACUGGGCUGGGGCAGUGGCUGGGAUGUCCUCAUUCCCAAGGGCUGGGGCAUGGCUUUUUGGAUUCCAUUUAUCUACCGAGGUGCAAGAGUUGGUGGAUUAAAAGAGGCUACAGUACAUUCUCAAUACAGACGGGCUCCUAACAUCCCAGGCGAUUUCCCAGACUGCCGUGCUGGAGUUCUGUUUGCUGAAGAUCAAGCUAAGGAUCUUCUAGAGCAGUACAAACGACGCCCGCCUGCUAAAAGGCCCAACUAUGUUAAGCUUGGCACACUGGCUCCUUUCUGUUGUCCCUGGGAACAGCUGACUCGGGACUGGGAGUCCAGGGUUCAUGCCCAAGAGGCAGCUAUUAUAGCUUCAAUGCCUGGUGCUCAGGAGACUGACCCAAGACAGCUUGGAGUGCCUUGUGUCCCCAAAGAGAUCUGCCAGCUAUCUAAUGAGGCAGGUAUAGCUGAAAACCAACCCAGGAAGCCAGAAGUUACAGGCUGUCAAAUGCAGGAGGGGACCAAAGUGGCUGUGGAAUGGAAUGCCAGUGAGGACCAUAUGGCUACCGCAGGUAGCCCGCUCUGUGUUGUUCGGAGUAGGAAGCUGCUGAAGCAGCUCUCGUCCUGGUGUGGGCCCAGUUCUGAGAUCAGGAGGGCUCCCUGCAGAGCUCAGCAAGACUUGACUAGAAACGUCUGCUUGUCCAUCCUGGAUGAUUUCCCCAGAGCCCUGGUGUGGGUCAGCUUGUCCCUGCUCAGGAAGGGCAGCCCAGAGCCACACACCAUGAUCUGUGUCCCAUCUAAGGAAGACCUGCACCGGCUCAGUCAGGAUCAGUGCUACCAUGGACCCUGGGAAUCCAGACACAGUGACCCGUUUAAAAGCCUGAUUCUGAAGGAGAAAGAAAAGAAGAAAAAGGAGAAGAGGCAAGAUGGGGAACACAGAGCCUCCGAGGGCCUGGCAGCAGGGCCGCCCAUAGCUGGGCAGGAAGCUCUGACGCAGGGGCUGUGGUCAGGCCCCCUUCCAGGACUAACCUCACACUGCUCCAGGCUCCUCCUAGGCUUUGUCACACAGGGAGAUUUUUCUAUGGCUGCUGGCUGUGGAGAAGCCUUAGGGUUUGUUAGCAUGACCGGCUUGCUGGAAAUGUUGUCCAGCCAGUCAGCAGCCAUGAGGGGCCUGGUGCUGCUGCGGCCUCCGACCUCACUGCAGUAUAGGUUUGCAAGAAUUACCAUUGAGGUGUGAAUUUAGGUUUAUAGCCUGGUCUUAAAUUAUAACUAUUUUGGUCAAAGCUCACAGAAAGUCCUGGCUGUCUCUGUCACCGUCUGAUUUAAGAUACACUGUGGAACUGCGUGGAAACAAGAAUUAAAAUGAUGUAAUUAUGUGGGU